AUGGCGGCCAGUAGUCGUCCAUCCACAUCUUAUACUUCUGCUACCACAUCUUAUCCAUCACGCCCGUAUGAUGAAAGUACUACCCCUCGUCCAAGCACAAGCAUGAGCAGGGCUACCACUAGUCGACCGCGGACUGGUAGACCUAGAACAGCUGCCUCGACCAUUGGUGGGGAUCAGCAGAUCAUCUGCGCUAUCAGCGAAUCCAGAGGACUUUCUCCUAUCGUCGGCUUGGCCUUUGUCAACAUAUCUACUACUGAAGCUGUUCUCUGUCAAAUAUCAGACAACCAGACUUAUGUCAAGACCAUACAUAAGCUUGCUUGUCUCGAGCCAACUGAAGUCCUUGUCAUGAUUACUGCCGCACAGCCUAAGUCAAAGCUUUACUCUGUCAUUGAAGGCGACCUUCCCCACAUCCGCAUCAGCCCAAUAGAUAGAAAGUACUGGGCUGAGACGACAGGGAUGGAAUACAUUCAACAGUUGGCAAUGAAGCAGGAUCUGGAAGCUCUCAAAGUUGCUAUUGAAGGCAACUAUUACGCAAUUUGCUGUAUCGCUGCCGUGCUCAAAUACAUUGAGCUCAGCCUCUUGUACUCCUUCCCUUUCCAUUCUCUUCGCAUCACAUACCAGCCGGCUGAUGGCGCGAUGAUGACCGAUCUUUCAACCAUUCACGCAUUAGAGCUUAUUCAGAACCUGCAGAAUGCCAGAUCGAAAGAUUGUUUGUUUGGUCUGCUAAACCAGACCCAGACGGCUAUGGGCGCUCGAGUCCUUAAGAGCAGUGUUCUCCAACCGUCCACAAGUGCCGCCUACUUGACGAAACGCUAUGAUGCCUUGGAGGAGUUGACCACGAGAGAAGACGUUUUUUUCGCUGUUCGACAAGCUCUAAAAGCUUUUGUGGACGUUGACAGGGUCUUAACGGCGAUAACCCUGAUCCCUACGAAACCCUCCAUUCAGCACUCAGAGCAAUCAAUUAACAAUGUCAUCUCACUUAAGCAAUACGUGAAGUCGAUUCCUCCAAUUUACGAAGCACUGGAAACUACAAGAAGCGAACUGCUAGUGGGAAUAUUCGAGUUGUGCUCUCCUGCAAAUUAUACCGACGUGCAAGCCAUGAUCGAUGACACCAUCAAUGAAGAUAUUACGUACCAGGUUCAACCUCUGGACUUACGUAACCAGAGGACAUAUGCAGUGAAGUCAGGAGUCAACGGCCUUCUUGAUGUUGCAAGACAGACGUACAAAGAGGCGAACGCGGACGCUUACCAGCUCGUCACAGGUUUGGGUGAAACCCAUGAGAUAGCUCUUGAGAUGAAGUACGACACCGCCAGGCAGUACUACAUCCGCAUCGCUGCAUCGGAGAUAGAGGACCGCAACCUGCCAGAUGUUUUCAUUAACGUCUUCAAAAAGAGGAACACGAUUGAGUGUCAGACCCUGGAUCUCCUUAAGUGGAACCAGAAAAUAAUGGACUCUCACCAUGAGGUGCUUCAACUGAGCGAUCGAAGCAUACAAGAAUUCAUCCAGAAUCUCCGUGCGGAGAUCGCGCCUCUGUUCAAGAUCAGCGAUGCUAUUGCACUCCUCGAUGUCACUGCUUCUUUCGCGCAGUUGGUAACCACCCAGGACUACUGCAGGCCCGAAUUGACUCGCACCCUCGCUAUCAAGAGUGGAAGACACCCUAUCCGAGAGAAGAUACAUAAAGAGAAGUAUGUCCCAAAUGACGCAUAUGCCACACGGCAAAGCAGGUUCCAGAUCAUCACGGGCUGCAACAUGAGCGGAAAAAGUACCUACAUCCGAUCAAUCGCUCUAAUGGCUGUUAUGACUCAGAUAGGAUGCUUUGUACCGGCUUCCUAUGCAUCCUUCCCAAUCUUCCACCAGCUCUUCGCCCGCAUCUCAAUGGACGACAGCAUCGAAGCGAAUGUCUCCACCUUUGCGGCCGAAAUGCGCGAGACAGCUUUCAUCCUCCGUAACAUCGAUGCUCGAAGCAUGGUCAUUGUCGACGAGCUUGGUCGAGGUACCAGCACUCGAGACGGUCUCUCCAUCGCCAUCGCUGUCGCAGAGGCUUUGGUGGAGAGUGGGGCCUUCGUCUGGUUCGCCACUCACUUCCGCGACCUGGCAAAGAUCCUUGCCGAGCGCAGUGGCGUCGUCAAUUUCCACCUCUCCGUGGACAUGAGCGAAGCAGAUCAGAUGAAGAUGCUAUACAAGGUUGCCAGCGGUGCGGUCCAAGAAGAGCAUUACGGUCUUGCACUCGCCAAAGUCGUCGAUCUGCCUCCAGAUGUCCUGCGUGUCGCGGAGCAGGUUUCCAAGAAGCUGACGUCGAACAUGGAGAAGCGCAAGAAGAACUCCAAGACUCUAGCACUGGUCAGGCGCAGGAAGCUGAUCCUCAGUUUACGCGAACAACUCGUACAGGCGCACGAAGGGAAUAUGAACGGCAAGGUGCUGGCCACCUGGAUGCAGAAACUACAGGACGAAUUCGUGAACCGCAUGGCCGCUAUUGACGCGGAUGCCGCUUCAGCGGCGGACGAGAGCGAGGAGGAAUCGGACACUGGGACGGAGGUCGAGGCUGAAGCUCGGACAGAAAGUGAGGCGGAGGACCGCUCCGUGAGCCAUGGUGGAGGUACCCGGCCGGAAGAAUCAGCCGAGAGCAUGGAAUGGAGCCCCGAGCCGCGCUUCGAAAUGACGGGUGCUCUCCAGUCCGAAACGGGGGAUGAGAGUUAG